AUACAUCCGGCCGGUCCCUAUCAAUCGAUCAGAGAGAGGAAGAUGGCGCUGGAUGGAGUUAGCGGAGCUGGAUCGAUCACAGAAAAACUCGAUUGGGUUUGUUUUUCCUAACUGAGUCAAACACCCCAUAUCACCGCCCGAGCAGCAGUUUGAACCCGGAGGGAGGAAGCGACAACAAGAAGAGCACCAGCCUCCUCCACCAGCCUCAAGCCCUUCAGGACGAUGGAGUUCCCAUGGCACAGUGGGAAGGUUCUGGAGCAGCUUAACCGCCAGCGCAGGCAGGGCCUGCUGUGUGACUGCACCUUUGUUGUGGACGGGGUGGACUUCAAGGCCCACAAAGCUGUGCUGGCGGCCUGCAGUGUCUACUUCCGCACCCUUUUCCUGGACCAGAAAGAUGUGGUGCAUCUGGACAUCAGCAAUGCAGCGGGUUUGGGUCAGGUCCUGGAGUUUAUGUACACAGCCAAACUGACUUUAAGUCCACAGAAUGUAGAAGACGUGCUGGCUGUUGCUAACUUUCUACAGAUGCAAGAAAUUGUAAAUGCCUGCUCUGCGUACCAAUCGAUGGCAAAUCCUGCUCCGUCCCUCAUAACUCUGGAUUUCGCUGUUGAAGAAAAGCAGAGUGAAGUGGAGCAGCGAGAGGAGCUGGAGAGUGACCUGACAGAAGUGGCAGCUCAAGCAGAGGAGAGUGCUGGCACCCCCACAGACGAUAACAAACUCACACAAAAUGAGGAAAAUGUAAAGGAAGACAUUUCCGCUGAAACACAACAGACUGUCUCUGGGCCCGAGCCCGCCAAAACCAACUCGGGCCGAGGACGACCCCCCAAAACAGCCCCCCCGUCUGCUCAAAAGAAGGUGUCCGUAAAGAAGGAGGAAGAAGGUGCUGCACAAGAUGCACCGGGAUUCCAGGACGACCCCGCUGAUGCUGACUACACGCCCAAAUCACAGUUGAAAGCAGCGGGCAGCUCAUCCUACAUGAGCUCUCGGGGGAGAAGAAUCAGAAAACGACCUCGACGAAACUUCCCACCUGACAAUGACUCAGAGGAAGAAGCCACAUCAAAGACAAACACGGAGAAGAAGGCGUCGGAGCCGACAGAAGAAGCCGGAGAGCAGGAGGAUGACGGUGGAGAGACCUGCGACGGGGAAGCUGAUGAUGAAGAUGAGUGUGGAGAGGAAGAUGACGAAGCCAGCCAGGAGGUGGAAGAAGACGAUUCGGACAGCGAGAGAGACGGGAGACAGAAUCAGUCGGCGUCGAUGAGCAGCCGAUCCGAGUCAAAGCCUUACAGCUCCGUGACACACGAAUGUGAGGACUGUGGGAAGAAAUUCACCCACACGGGUAAUUUCAAGAGACACAUGCGUAUUCACACAGGAGAGAAGCCGUUCAGCUGCCGGGAUUGCAACAAGGCGUUCUCUGACCCUGCAGCCUGUAAAGCCCAUGAGAAAACACACAGCCCUCUGAAGCCGUACUGCUGCUCGACUUGUGGAAAGAGCUACCGGCAGAUCAGCCUGCUGAACCUGCACCGCAAACGGCACACGGGCGAAGCGCGGUACAGCUGUGACGUGUGCGGCAAGCUCUUCACCACAUCUGGCAACCUGAAGCGCCACCAGCUGGUGCACAGCGGCGAGAAGCCGUACCACUGCGACUACUGCGAGAAGGCCUUCUCUGACCCCACCGCCAAGAUGCGACAUCUGGAGACGCACGACACAGAGAAGGGCAACAGGUGUGCAUACUGCGACAAGCGCUUCAACCAGCCGGGAAAUCUGAAGGCUCAUUUAAAGAUCCAUAUCGCAGACGGGCCUCUCAAGUGCAAGGAAUGUGGCAAACAGUUCACUACUUCAGGAAAUCUGAAGAGACACCUGCGGGUCCACAGUGGGGAGAAACCGUACAUCUGUAUGCACUGCCAGAGAGCUUUCAGUGACCCUGGAGCUCUGCAGCGGCAUGAACGCAUCCACACAGGAGAGAAGCCGUGUGUCUGUCUCAUCUGUGGCAAGGCCUUCACCCAGGCCAGCUCACUCAUCGCUCACGUCCGCCAGCACACCGGAGAGAAGCCCUACGUGUGUGAUCGCUGUGGCAAAAGGUUCGUGCAGUCCAGUCAACUGGCCAAUCACAUUCGGCAUCACGACAACGUCCGGCCGCACAAGUGUCAGAUGUGCAACAAGGCCUUCGUUAAUGUGGGAGACCUGUCGAAGCACAUCAUCAUCCACACGGGGGAGAAACCUUUCCUGUGUGAUAAAUGUGGCAGAGGGUUCAACCGGGUGGACAAUCUGCGCUCCCACGUCAAGACAGUCCACCAAGGCAAGGCCGGCAUGAAGCGGCUGGUGGUAGCCGGGGGCAGCGCAGACGAGGGGGCCGAUGGGUGCGCGGGGGCGUCCACCUCUGACAGCGAGAUCAACAUAGUUACCGUCACCACGGAGGACAUCGUCACCCUGGCGACAGAGGCCCUGGCAGCCAGCGCUGUAGCUCAGCUCACAGUAGUUCCAGUGGCUACUUCAGUGUCUGCCGAUGAGACGGAGGCUUUGAAAGCUGAGAUCACCAAGGCAGUAGAGAAAGUGCAUGAAGCAGACCCCAACACCCAGAUCCUGUACGCUUGUGAUUCAUGUGGGGAUAAAUUCUUAGACGCCAGCUCCCUCGCCCAGCACGUACGCAUCCACACAGCUCAGGCCUUGGUCAUGUUUCAGGCAGAUUCCGACUUCUACCAAUACACCACAGCCACCACCGCCGACGGGGAUUCUGCCACAACAUGGCAACCCACGGCUGAACAAGUCAUCCAGGAAGGAGAGCUGAUCUUCCGAGCCCAGGAUGGAGAGGCAGAGGGAGUGAUGGUGGGGGAGACACAAGAACAAGUGGAAGAGACGGAGACGGAAGGGGUGAUUCAUGAGGAGGGGAGGGAGGAGGAAGAGGUGGAGACCCACACUGAGCUCCACACAGAAGAAAAAGAUGAAGCUGCAGCCGAGGUAGAAGAGCAGGAGAAAGAAGAGGAGAUGGAAUGUGAGAGUCAGGCGUAGUGUGGCAGAUCUGUGUGUAUGAAGUAUAGCUGGUAAGAAAUCUAAUUUGUACAGGAGAGGAAAAUAUAAGAAAUGACGUGAUGCUUCAGAGUUUCAACAUGCCAUGAUGUUCAUAAUACAUCUAAACUGAAUUCAUAACAAACAACACUUUAUAAACAAUUUUAUCUUCGAAGCUAUGGUCAAGAAUCAUGUUUUCUGCAAUCCCAAUUCCAGGAAACGAGGUGAGAUCCAGUGAUUUGGUAAAUAUUGUUGAGAAUUCUCCCAGAGUUGGUUAUACUACUUUGUAUAGUGUGUUUAUUUUUAGAAUGAAAUGCAGGACUAUGCAAUGUCCUUUGUAUUUAGAUCACCAUUCUGUCUUACCUAUAUCCACGAAAGAAAGAUCUCGUUGAUUUUUCCAUUUCACUCAGAUGAGAUAUGUACAUUUUCCUUAAAUAGUCAAACUAUUUUAUUGUACUUAGUUGUAAGUAUUUUCAUGAAAUUCACAUUGUACAGAGAUUAUUUACAUGAACAUGUGGGGGCACUAACAAUUUAAUUGGGGGUUUAUCACCAUCUCCUUUUUUACCAGAAGUGGAAUGUAAUGUAUUGAUGUACUGGCAAACAUUGUAAAUGCUGUGCUGUGUAUAUUUAAUGUGUCCUCUAAAAAAAGUCUUAAUACUUCUGAUAAAAGAAAAAGAAAUAUAUGUGGGGAUGACAAUCUAGUCAACAAUUCUUUCACAUUGAUAACAAAACUGUUUCUUUUCUGGUAUUGCAGUAAACUGGGCCCAUUGGUAUAAAGACUCACUAAUGGUUUUACGUCAUUAUUUUGUCUCUUUGUCGUAACACCUGCAAGAUGCCUAUUUAGACAUCGUAACAUUGCUUCGACUCACUGGAAGUCAUCAUCUCAUCAAUAAAAAAACCAUCACACUCUC